AUGAUACAACGCUUUAUCGACGUUGUUCUCAAUGUACCGAUAUCUGAAUUAUGGAAGAGUCCAUUGGGAAGUCAAGUCAUUGCUGAUGAUUCGGAUAUAAAACCAGUACAACAAAUGUCACCGGAGCCUCUUCCGAUAACCAGCAUUUGUUCAUUUGUUCAUGAUGGAACUUGGAAGGAAACGGAUGAAAAGCUUGCUGAGAUCACGGAUGGAAUAUUAGAAACGCUACCCGGUCAUGCUGAAACACUGAAUGAGGGAACUUAUGUAUCGAACAUGGACCUGAUAUUUGCAAUAAAUGAUGGUGGGAAGAAAUAUGAACUUAUGUAUACAGAAUGCUCACGUUUAUUUUGUACAAAGCAGAAAAUAGAUGAUGGUGCUGUAAAAUUAUGA